GUUCAUUUUAACUCAGUGUUAUUGCACAACAACAACGGCAGGCACAAAAAUUUCAGUUAAUAUUGAUUUUCCCCAGUCCCGAUCCCAAAUUGAGCGUAAAACCAAGCAAUCAGCUGUUGACGUCGAAGCGUCGAAACAACUGCGACGCGAUAUAAUUGUUUUGCCAACAAGAAUCGGGCUUAGUGCGAGGUGGCAUCCGAAAGAUACAGGAACGAAACGGAUCGGAGCAAGGCGGCAGCGACAGCGACAGCAUCUCGGAUAGGCAGGAAGAGCAGGAACUCGGCGGGCGGCAUGGUCUUCUUCAAGUUGCUGAAGAGCAAACUAUCCCAAUUCAUGACGAAGACGAAUCGCUUGGUGGUGUUGCGGCAUGGCGAAAGCACUUUCAACAUAGAGAACAAGUUCUGCGGCUGGCACGAUGCCCCAUUAAGCGAGUUCGGCAUCCAAGAGGCUCUGACGGUGGCCAUUCCUGCCAUCCUUCAGUCGCAGCUGGAGUUCGAUGUCGUCUACACUUCGGUACUGAGCAGAUCCCGCCAGACCGCCGAACUGAUCCUAAGCAAAACCAACUGUGCCUAUGUGCCCAUCAAGGAGGACUGGCGUCUAUGUGAGCGACAUUACGGCAACCUGACCGGUCACAACAAACGGGACAUAGCCAAUCAGCAUGGAGAGGACCAGGUGCAGGAAUGGCGGCGUGGCUAUGAUGGCAUCCCACCGCCCAUUGAGGAAAACAACCGCUACUACUACACCAUUUGGAGCAACCCUAUUUACGACGUGAUUCCACCUGGUCAGUUUCCGUUUUCAGAGUCCCUGCACAUGUGCGUUGACCGGGUGAAACCCGUCUGGACUGAGGUCAAGCAGGAGGUGCUGAAAGGCUCUCGAGUGCUGAUGUGUGUCCAUGGAACAGUGGCCCGGGCUCUUGUCCAGCAUAUCGAAGGCAUCUCGAAUGAGGGCAUUGAAAAGGUCAACAUUCCAAACUGCGUUCCACGCGUCUACGAGUUUGACUUGAAUACGGGAGGCUUGGUUGGUGCCGCUAUAAACCUGGGAGAUCCGGAGUAUAUACGUCGGAAAACAGCCCAGGUGGCGGCCAUCGGUGACUGAUAGCGGGACACUCCGUUUGACUAGGACUUACAACAUAAACAUAUAGUACAGUGUAUUAUAGUCUUCCCCUGUAACAAAGUUAUGUUGCCUCUGCUGUUUGAGGUCAGGGGGGCAUGACUGUUAAGGAUAUUGUAACAUUAAUUUAUUAUUAACCCAUCAGAUAUUUUUGGCCAAAAAUAUACAAUUUAUUCUUUAA